CUGACUGGCUGACUUGGACCAAGAAAGCCAGAAGGACGCAAAUAAAGCCACGGACAUGAAAAGAAGAUGAAAGAGAAAAACUAAACACACCACCCAUUAGUUGCUCUCUUGGCUUCUCCUCCCCAUUCAAUCCUCUUCUUCAAUUUCAUCCUAAAUCCACUCUAGUUCAUCCACCCUGAGGGAGCGCUCUGUUUUUCUCUUCUCUUCCUUGACAGACGCAAGAAGAAGAAGGGGUUUUAUUUGUCCCUGCGGAGAGAGAAGCCAUGACGCUGCUGGCCUCCGAGAGGUCACUCCUCAUCCGGAACAAGUUCCGCUCAGUGCUGCAGUUGAGGAUUCAGAACCGAAAGCAGAGUGAAAUUAAUGCAGAAUCGGGUUUGAAAUCAUCAAGUUCACCCAAAAAAGAACAAAAAGACAAAAGUGAAGCUGCGCAUCUACCCGACAAUGGCGCCGGGAGACAUCACAAGACGCCCCCUAGUGGAGUCACAGCUGUAACUGUGCAAGUCUCAGAAAAGAGCGAGUGUGGGUCCUCAAGGCAGAAGAAGCCUCGUCGGGACCUCAAAGAGGGGAUCCAAGAUCUGCCUGUACACGUUGAGCACAAAGAUAAACCGCACCUUGAGAACUGUCCCGCCUCUUACUUGCCCCCCACAGAUGUCUUCGAAGACGACAUCUCCUCAUGUUCUUCGUCUUCCUCGCCGAGCGAGCGAAGAGUUGUUCCUCGACCGCCGGCGUCAGCAUUCCCUUCGCCGCCGGGCCUUCUCGAUGACCGAUUACUGAGCGACUUGUCGUCUUUGGGCCCGCCCCUCAACCACAGUCCACUUCAUGCUCAGUCCGGUUUGGCAUUGCUCCCGGCAACCGAGGGCACCCGACCGCCAGCGAACAUCCCGUUGAGUGAAAGCAACGCCAUGUCAAACACGAGUCGACCAAAUGGGAUCUUUCUGAUCUCCCAGACCACGCCCCUGCUGCCAAAGACAGCUCGGCCUCCUAGUCCCGCCUGUCCCUCUUCCGUGACGCCCGCUUUCAACCUAAACCACCUUGCUCGCUCCCGGAAACCGCGGGACACCAAACCCAAGAUGAAGAAACUCAAGUAUCACCAGUACAUUCCUCCCGACCAGAGAGGUGCAUCUGGGCCUGGAGGGGUGGGAGCUAAACAGAAGAGCCCUCUUAAUUCGCCACUAGACCCUGCAGAUUCUCAGCUACUCCAGCAGCAGCAGGUCUUUCUGCAGUUGCAAAUCCUUCACCAUCAGCAGCAGCAGCAGCAACAACAACAGCAUAGAGAGCAGAAUUCAUCUGGAGCUCUGCCGCUGAACCCUCAACCGGUUCCUGCCGCCACCAAUCACGUGCCAAAGGACACAAACAAUGCGUGUAAACUUGAGCUGCUCCCUGCAAAUCUGGUUGAUCUCAAAGUGUCAGAGCUGAGGCAGCAGCUGCGUAAGCGAGGCCUCCCCGUCUCCGGCACUAAGCCUGCCCUGUUGCAGCGCCUUCGCCCCUUCCAGCUCCCCCCCUCGUGUGUUACUCCUGCGCCCCUCUGCCAGCUGGGGGGCAGCAUGGAGCUCUUGAAUGCCUCUCACCCUCUUCUGGCCCAUCACAGCUCCAGCCCAAGCUGCAGCUCUGGAGACUCACCUGGAAGCAGCCCGGACCAACAAACGUACAUCCAGGAUUACGGAGUCCCGAAUGGCAUUCUAAAUGUUGUACCGAACGGCCUCUCCAAUGGUCUUUCCGUCAGUCUGUCCGGAGAUCAGUGUGGUCCCAUCAACGCUGUAUUCCUGGCUCCUGCUUGUACUGCCUCUGGAACUCCAAGUCCCAGUUUACCCAUGUCGUCCUCGUCACCCUUGCAGUGCGGCACCCACUGGAGAACUGAGCUUGGCGCGGAAUUUGACAUGAAGGAGAGACCGACUUGUAGAGCAAGGGACAGCUCUGUCAACACCGUCCUUGAAUCUUGUGCAAGAUCUCUUCAUCCUUUCCUGCAACAGGAUCCAGGAUGCUCAAGGGGGAACCAAGAAACGGAACAAACAGAAAUGUUGUUUACGCAGGUGUUCUGCUCCCAGCCGUGCCCUAGCGACACGAUUGGCCAGGACUUUGAGUUGCCGGUGCAAAUAACUGCAAGCCCUGUCCAAAACUCACCUGGAAUUCGUAGUUUGGAGGAGGAGUUGCAGGAGGCCAUCCAGAAAGCACAGAUGGACCCUCGACAGUCGAUAGAUGACAUUCUUGAUGAUCCUGUUGCAUCUGCCGACCCUGUCAAAGGCUCUCCUCACAAAUCCCCUAUCCCUUCAUCCCCUCCUCCUCCUCAAGUGGAUAUGUCCCAGAAAUCCCAGCAGCUCUCUGACAAUAGCAACUUUCUGCCUCUUUGCUCCUCACUUCUCCUGGAGCUUCCCCCGUCUCCCGCAGUGAUCCCUCCGAGUCAAGUCAUCCCGGUGCCAGCGCCUCCCCCCGUUUGCACCUCCCCACCUUUGCAGUCUCCCAGAAAGUCCCGAAAACGGCGAGCUCAGGCCACAUUUGAUGCGGCUGAAAUUCUGGAGACUUUGACGUCUGGCUUGCGACCGCUAACUCCGCCGGUGCCGCCAUUCGCUGAGGCCGACUUGGGUCUGGAUUCGGAUCUCAACAUCAAUCGAGUGUUGGAUCUGAUGAUAGAGCAGUGGUGAGGACGUGUGUGGAUUGCUUUGUGAUAGGUCGUGUAUCCAUCAAGCCAUAGUCUCUCAUCUAUUCAUCCCUUACACCAUCACCCUUUUCCAUUUAUUUUUCUCUCUCUCUAUUCCUUCAUUCCUGCAAUCCCUGCUCAUCAAACAACCCAUCCCACUUAAUGUCAAUCCCUGUUAUCCCUAAAACUUUCCAACACGGCCUUUCUACUACCUUCGACUUAGACUUUCCCUUCAAACCCACCUCCUUCCAUCCUUUAUUCCAGUCUGAGUCCUUACUUUAAUGCAUCCUCAUACUAAUAAUCCCUGCAACCUCAAGCUUCCUUCUAAUAUAUAUUCUUUUCUUUGCUACCUCCUCUUUAUAGCAUUUCAUCUUACCUUUCACCCUUCCUCUAGUUCAUCCUUUCUCAUACAGUACCAUCAAUCCCUAUCACUUCAACCUUUUCUCUAUUCCUUCUAAAUGUUACCAUCCUUGUAGCCAAAAGCGUCCUUUUCGUCGUUCCCUUCUUUCUUUUUAGUGUUCUUACCUUCCUCCGUGCAUGUCUUCAGUAUGUUCUUACCUUCCUCCGUGCAUGUCUUCAGUAAUUUAAUCUUUCCUAUUGUCCUACUUCUUACCCAACAACCUUUCUUCCCGCCUUGUUGCUUUUCUUUCUUGCUUACUACCUUUCUCUCUACCGCUCCUCUCAUCCAAUCAUCCAUGUCUCUUCCAUUCAUUGACUACACAUCCUCCUAUUCCUAUUUUUCCUCUAAUCAGUGAUUUACAGUAUGCAUCAUUCCUUCCAUCGUUCCUACUUAUUUUUCCUUUCUACCCUCUAUCAUCCGUCCAUUCUCUCGCCCUUCUCUUGGCUGGAUGGAAAGAAAUCCAUCCAUCAGCGCUGUCAGAAUCAUUGACUCCACGCAAUGUCGAGAGUUUGAUUCAUUGCAGUGUUGAACUGAAAAAGUUAUGAUGGGAGAAACACACAGACGCAAACACACAAAUACAGGCCGUCCUCAGAAAAUGUACUCACCUAUUUACUUGCCAUUACUCAUUUCGUUUUGGUGUGUAAUUGCGCACAUAUUAGUCUGAUAUGGUAAAAUUAAAAAAUAAAACAAUACAUUUUAAUUUAAUUUAACUUCUCAUCCAUCUGUUGUGAUACUUCCGUGACAUUUUUGUUAUUCCAGGAGGACAAGUCAAAUAAACCCUAACCCUAAACCCAAACCCAUUUUCUUUCCAGAAAAUCUACUUUUAUGUUAGCCAUUUUUUACCGCGUAUCUAAAUGUUCAAUAUUUUUGUCCAAUCCGAUUUUAGCUUCGAAAAUGCCAGAGCAAGCUAAUCUUCCCAUGCAAAUCAAAUGAGUCCUCACAUGACAGGCAUGCCAACUGGUUAGGGGUGAAAAAGGUGACAAAGUAACAUGGACACACGGCAUGCAAGUGCAUUUCAUAGUGCAACCAGAGACAUCUCGAAUUAAACACAGUACAUAAUUUAACAUAUACAAGUCUAAAUCUCUCAUCCUGAAAUAAGAACAUAUAAGAUGCAUUAAGUAGCAAAUUAUACAAAAUCUAAAUUAUAAAAUAUACAGUAUGUCCCAUUUGCAUUAAGCAGAGAACAGCUUUACAGCAUAAAAUAUGGAUUUACAGGUACAGUAUAAAUUCCAUUCACUUAACUAUUAUGUGAUAGAUAGAUAGAUAGAUAGAUAGAUAGAUAGAUAGAUAGAUAGAUAGAUAGAUAGAUAGAUAGAUAGAUAGAUAGAUAGAUAGAUAGAUAGAUAGAAUAAACAAAAUUACAAGUCUUCAAAAGCAUUAACUGUACUGAUCAUAACUUUAUUUACAUUCAACCAAAGCAAUUAGUCCCAUGGUCCUUAACUUCGAUUGAUAGGGCAUCAUACUGGAUAAACAGAAGUACACCUGUAGGCUGUUUUAUGAACGGGGGUGUGUACGAACAGCGAAGGAAUGGUGGUACUUUCAAAUGCGACCUGUAGCGGAGCUCUCCGGUUUGAUAAACUCUUGAUGGCUAAACAAAUGAAACGACCUCCACAACAAGGCAAAACUCUUCCCUUUCUGUAAUUAUCGGAGAGUAUAGAGGGGCCUUAAAUAUCUAGUUGUCAAAAAUCAUUGGUGACCAUUCAGAACUUUACCAACAAAGCCCUGAACAUGACUUGUAUCGAAGGCACUAGUUCAUCACUCUAGUUACCUCAUUGCUCAUGAUUUAUUUAUUUUUUUUAAUCGUUAACAAGCGCUUUACAAAGGGGCCUUAAAUAACUCAUCACAACGCCAAUUGGCGACAAUUCAGAUCCCAACUGACGUUCGCUAACUUUACUAGCAAAGCCCUGUGUGAAAGGCGCUAGUUAGCUCCUCCGCAGUUAGCGCUACCUCCAGUAACUGCGUUCUACGAGGCGGUGAAAUAUCGAGAAAUAUCUGAAGUCAGUUAUCAAGAAAUUAAGUGAAUACUUGUGUUAUGGACACCAUUACAAGCGCAUGAAUUGAUCAAACGACACGAUUAAAGGAUUUAUGAAGACUAUUAUAGGCCAUCACUCAAACUUUUAGCUUUAAGAAGUUAACAAUUUUUGACAUUAAUCCCUUACCUUGCCGCAAUUUCCAACGGGUCCGAGCGAGAAAGUGGGGGGAGGGGGGGUUGGCCUCCUCAUUGCUGAUUGGUGAUAACUGUCUCCCGUCUCUCCCUCUUGUCAGUUAUUUGUUGUCACGAGAGGAGAGUGGCGGUGAUAGGUCUAGGUCAGACAUGUCCAAAGUCCGGCCCGGGGGCCAAAUGCGGCCCGUUGUCAAACUUCAUCCGGCCCGUUGUCAAAUUUCAUCCGGCCCUCAGCCUCUAUCAUAAAAUCAAUAACCUCUGGCCCGAACACAGACUUAAUGAAUUGGUCAGCACUACUGCAACCAGCAUAUGAAGUAGUUUACACACAAAAUGCUGCCCCUCAUUUACCCACUAAAAGGCAGCAGCACUUUAACCCUUUAUUGCCAAAUGUAUCACAUUUGAUACAACUAAAAUGUCAUGAUUUUGAGACUAAUUUAGAAUUUUGACUAGGGCUGUCAAACCAUUAAAAUUUUUAAUCGAGUUAAUUACAGCUUAAAAAUUAAUUAAUUGUAAUUAAUCGCAAUUAAUCGCAAUUCAAACCAUCUAUAAAAUAUGCCAUAUUUUUCUGUAAAUUAUAUAUAUUCUCUAAAAUAAAUUGUUGGAAUGGAAAGAUAAGACACAAGAUGGAUAUAUACAGUACAUUCAACAUACGGUACAUAAGGACUGUAGUGGGCAUUUCACUCUACUGUCAUUUAAAUCUGUCUAUGCUGUCCUCACUCCGAAGCGUCUACUUUUUCCAAAGCUAGACAGCCAGUGAACGACACCUUAAUAAUCAGACUUCUUCCUUUUUCAUCUGAUUUAUUAAUAAAAUAGCCUCAAACCAUUGUCCUCUUUAGACCAUCAUAAAAUUACAACAAAAAAAAGUACACAAGCAUUGCAUUAGCAACAACGUUAGCUUAGCACGCUAUACAGGUUCACUAAACAUAAACAAAAAGCGUCUCAUACAAAAAAUAGAACAUUUCGCUUACUAACAUAACAUGUACAUUCUUUACAACAACCAUACUUACGGACAAAUCUUGUCCAAGGAUCAUAUAAGCACAACAUUACAACGUAGGCUUCAGCCCGAGACGUCGUGCAGCCAUAUGAACUGGCAAGAAAAAAAUAAACCAUGUCGCAAAGCGACCACAAGAGUUCGCUGUUGUGCUGCAGCACAAAAAGCCUUGCUGUAAAACUUACCAAAAGGCAGAAUACUGUCUGAGCGGGACAUGUGCGUUAAUUGCGUCAAAUAUACAAAAUACACAUGCAUUUGCAGGUUCCAUGAGAAAAAAAAACACAUGAUUUAGCAUGGGUUAUAGAUAUAGAGCGCUUAUUACACAUAUUCAUUUUGACUUUUCUUUUUACAAACUUGAAAAAAAGGUUUCAUUAGGACUUCAUUUUUCAAAUUUAGGGAUUCUCUGAUAAUUGCUUCAUGUUGGAGGUAUUUAAGGGCUAAGCAACCUUACUCCGUGUGACCCAUUACAUCUAUUUUCUAAAAUGGUGACAAUCAACAAAAAAAAGUAAGUUGACUGUGACGGCCGACGCUUCAAGGAUAGGUGGAAAUUAGACUAUUUCUUCACUAAAAUACGCAAAAACUGUGUCUGCCUCAUUUGCAAUGAGACGUCGCUGUUUUUAAAGAUUUCAAUGUGAGGCGAUAUUACCAAACAAGACACGCUGACAUGUACGACAAGAUAACAGGGAAGAUACACAGUGAGUAAUUGAAGCAACUUGAAGCUAGUUUAAUGUCACAGCAGCAGUAUUUCGCAAGAGCCUGAGAGUCGAAAGAGAAAAAAAUAAUUAAGCAAAUGUGACACACUGAAUGGCUCGCUAAAAUUUGCUUAAAUAUGUUGUUCUACGUAAAGGACGUCAGAUAAGGGUGGCCCCCGACAUCCAUUUUACCACACCAAAUCUGGCCCCCUAUGCAAAAAGUUUGGACACCCCUGGUCUAGGUCAUUGGACUAGAGUGUAGUUUUGAGCAUGGACUAUGGUUUUGAAGUUAACGGUUUCACUCGCUCAUUGACAUGCCCCCCCACCACUGUUUUCUCAUCGGAUCUACGUGAGUCAGAAGAAUGACCCAUUUUGAUUUCAAAACGGCGAAAUUUCGCCGAAAGGUGGCAAGUUUGCAUGCCUGCAUGACCUCAAAGACAUCAGCAUUUUUUCACUCUGACCGGUUUGUCAGACGACUACAUUUAUUUUCAAACGUAGCAAAAAACAAAGGUACAUGAGUAAAGAGCAGUAAAAAAGUGAGUACAUUUUCUAGUACACCCCAAGUAAAUACAGAAGCUUUAUUUAUUCAUUCAAUGCCAAAGAUGUUUUUAUGUCCUUAUUGGCUGUACGAAUGUCUAAGGCUGUUCUACUGUGAAUUCCAAGACUGUAGACAAGGUAAACUCAUUGGCUGCCAUUGACGGCGAUAGAUGCACAACCCAUUUGAACUGUUCAAAUGGAUCUUUCGUCUAUCGAUGCCACCAAUGAGUUAACAGCACUUGGACUCGACUAGGAACAACAAGAUCAACACACGGGUGGAUUGACACAUAACAGCACGAUGUUUGCAAAGCCAACAACAACAAAAAUCAAACCUGCCCUUGGCACACAAAUGCAAACAUGCUUCCAACAUGGCAGCACUGGGACAAUGUUGCUAUCUGACUUAUCUAGCUGCUGUUGAAUUAGUGAGUCGCAGCCGUGUGAAAGCCAAACAGAACACACGUGAGAGAGUGAAGCACCAGACUUUCGUCUUUAUGCCAGACACACAGCCGGUCGGCAUGUAAAGAAAGCGAAAAUUAGCUGGCAAAUGCUUCGAAACAAGCAGCGUGUGUGUAGGAGAGAGUGAUGACGCAAGCACAUACUGUACGUGUGUUAAACGUGUAACAAAACGGUGCUUUUUGCGGCUUCCAUGAAUCACCAAAUGCACUUCUUCUUAUAAGUUUGAGUUAGUUCAUGGUAUGAAUGGGUGUAAAUAGAACUGUGGUUUCAAACUCGGGUCUGAAACGGAAUGUUUUUUUUUAAGCAAAGCCAGGGCUACGAACAGAAAAAAAUGAAUUUUGUUAAUCUAAUUGCGCAGUUGCCAAAACAAUUGUUGGACGUUUUGAAAAGCAACAAAACAACACCUUCAACAAAAAAGAAAACCCCAUUUGCUCCAAUUCAAGCUUUCCGGACUUGGAUGAAUCUGCAAAAACUAUUUAGUAAGCACUUUGGCAUUUUUCAUUGAUUUUGUGAAAGUCAAUUAAAAAUGAUUUAGGCAGUGACACGUAUUGCCCUAAUCUGUAGAGCAUUAAUUUUACAUUUCCAGAAUAAAUGAAGUAAUCUUCCGUGAACUAAGUUAUAUACAGUGGGGCAAAUAAGUAUUUAGUCAACCACCAAUUAUGCAAGUUCACCUACUUGAAAAGAUUAGAGAAGCCUGUAAUUGUCAACAUGGGUAAACCUCAACCAUGAGAGACAGAAUGUGAAAAAACAACAAAAAAAAACAACAACAAAAAAACAGAAAAUCACAUUGUUUAAUUUUUAAAGAAUUUUUUUCCAAAUUAGAGUGGAAAAUAAGUAUUUGGUCACCUACAAACAAGCAAGAUUUUUGGCUGUCAAAGAAGUCUAGCUUCUUCUAACGACUCUAAGGAGGUCUAACGAGGCUCCACACAUUACCUGUAUUAAUUCCACCUGUUUUAACUCUUUAUCGGUAUAAAAUACACCUGUCCACAAUUUCAGUCAGUCAGUCAGUCACACUCCAAACUCCACUAUGGCCAAGACCAAAGAGCUGUCGAAGGACACCAGAGACAAAAUUGUAGACCUGCACCAGGCUGGGAAGACUGAAUCUGCAAUAGGUAAAACGCUUGGUGCAAAGAAAUCAACAGUGGGAGCAAUUAUUAGAAAAUGGAAGACAUACAAGACCACUGAUAAUCUCCCUCUAUCUGGGGCUCCAUGCAACAUCUCACCUUGUGGCAUCAAAAUGAUAACAAAACGGUGAGCAAAAAUCCCAGAACCACACGGGGGGACCUAGUGAAUGACCUACAGAGAGCUGGGACCACAGUAACAAAGGCUACUAUCAGUAACACAUUGCGCCGCCAGGGACUCAAAUGCUGCACUGCCAGACGUGUCCCCCUGCUGAAGAAAGUACACAUCCAGGCCCGUCUGCGGUUUGCUAGAGAGCAUUUGAAUGAUCCAGAAGAGGACUGAGAGAAUGUGUUAUGGUCAGAUGAAACCAAAAUAGAACUUUUUGGUAGAAACACAGGUUCUCGUGUUUGGAGGAGAAAGAAUUCUGAAUUGCAUCCGAAGAACACCCUACCCACUGUGAAGCAUGGGGUUGGAAACAUUAUGCUUUGGGGCUGUUUUUCUGUAAAGGGACCAGGACGACUGAUCUGUGUAAAGGAAAGAAUGAAUGGGGCCAUGUAUCGAGAGAUUUUGAGUGAAAAUCUCCUUCCGUCAGCUAGGGCAUUGAAGAUGAGACAUGGCUGGGUCUUUCAGCAUGACAAUGAUCCCAAACACACAGCCAGGUCAACAAAGGAGUGGCUUCGUAAGAAACAUUUCAAGGUCCUGGAGUGGCCUAGCCAGUCUCCAGAUCUCAACCCCAUAGAAAAUCUGUGGAAGGAGUUGAAAGUCCGUGUUGCCCAAAGACAGCCCCAAAACAUCACUGCUCUAGAGGAGAUCUGCAUGGAGGAAUGGGCCAAAAUACCAGCAACAGAGUGUGAAAAGCUUGUGAAGAGUUACAGAAAACGUUUGGCCUCCGUUAUUGCCAACAAAGGGUAAAUAACUAUUGAGAUGAAUUUUUGGUAUUGACCAAAUACCUAUUUUCCACCAUGAUUUGCAAAUAAAUUCUUUAAAAAUAAAACAAUGUGAUUUUCUGUUUUUUCCACAUUCUGUCUCUCAUGGCUGAGGUUUACCCAUGUUGACAGUUACUCUCUAAUAUUUUCAAGUUGGAGAACUUGCACAAUUAGUGGUUGACUAAAUACUUAUUUGCCCCACUGUAUUUGAAACGAACAUCAUAACUUUCCAUGGGAAAAUUCAAUAACAAAAUGUAGUUGCCGUUUCAAAGAGUACAUUUUUAUUUUUACAUUUCUAUAGCAUUUCAUAUGGAACCCCAAAAGGGUCAAAAUUAAAUAAAUACAAACAUUUUCGAGUCCACAUAGUAAUAUAAAUACUUUAUAAAACCCAAAAUGUCAGAGAAUCCAUGAAUCCAUCCCCCGGUCCCUGAAACCACUGAUCUAUACCAACGCAGCUCUGAGUGCAAUAUAACAAACGUUGUGUUUUGUGCUUCGAUUUUUCUGAAUCCGAAUGUGAUCUUGUAGCUCAGUUUUUGUAGUUCUGAAUUGUACACUGAGGCGGCAAAGUUGUACAUGUUAAUUCUCACUGUGCAUCUUUUUACGACAAUGAACAAUGCAGUCCAAUUUGCGUUGGUGGUUAUGAAAAUCGUAACCAUCAACAAGCAUUUUGUUCUGCAUGUAAAAAGUAGAAAAAAAAUUAAAUAGAAAUGAAACUGGCGGGAGAGUAAGAUGCUACCUCCUGUGACUUCCAACGCUUUUUUUUUUUUUUUUUUUUUUUUUGGUUCAUCUCGUUCCAUGUUGUUUUACCAGCAUAACUCUAAUGAUGUAUUUCCCUAUUUUUGAAACAUGAGACAAUUUGCCAGCCUACACGUUUGAUAUGUGUUCAUUUCAAGCUGGAUGUCACAAAAUGACACAGAGGCAAUUUUUGCUGCUAUGAAAGUGAAUUUUGUUUGAUUUUAUUUAUUCUGUAACUUAUU